CUCUGAUGCAGUGAUAUGAAUUUAAAAAUAAAUAAAGUUUUAAAUUCCAGGGAUGAACAUAAAUUUCUGUUUUUAUUUAGCUUAAUUUAUAGAUAAUACACUUAAGUAUAACUGUAGCAUACCUCCUUCAUGAUAUAUGAAAUAGAUUUAUCGGAAAGAAAAAAAAAUGGAAUCUAAAAAACUUCCCAAAUUUAAAGAACUUAAAGAGCAACUCUCUACAGCUACUUUAAAUGCAAUCAGAGAGAUGGGAUUCAAAAGGAUGACUGAAAUACAGGCAGAGGUCCUACCAUCAGCGCUGGAUGGUAACGAUAUAGUGGCGACAGCAAAAACAGGCUCAGGAAAAACAUUAGCAUUUCUAAUACCUGUAAUCGAAGUAGUUGCUAAAAACAUAGAAAAAGCUAUGCACGGUACAUUUUCCAUCAUAAUUGCACCAACAAGGGAACUGGCAAUACAAACAUUUUCAGUCUUACAGGAUUUGAUCAAUCAUCAUAAUAAAAUCACAUCAGCUUUAGUGAUUGGUGGAGAGAGUAGAAAAAAACAGAGCUCUGAUCUUGUUCAAGGUAUGCAUAUUGUUGUAGCCACACCAGGUAGAUUAUUUGAUCACAUGAGAACUAAAGAGUUUGAUUACAAAUGUGUCAAAUGUCUUGUACUGGAUGAAGCUGAUAAAAUAUUUCAAUAUGGUUUUGAAGAAGAUCUAAAACAGAUAAUUAAUCGGCUACCAAAGGAUAGGCAAACAAUGCUUUUCAGCGCAACACUUUCUGAGAGAACUGAUGCUUUAGUGGAGUCUGCCAUGAAAAAAGACAAGAUACAACAUAUCAAUACUGAUCAGGAUGACCUGUGUGCUACAGUGGAAGGUUUGAAACAAGGAUAUGCUGUAUGUGAAACCCAGUAUAGACUGUGGUGGUUACAUAAGGUGCUGAAGAAAACAAAACAAUUCAAAGUUAUGGUAUUUUUUUCGAGUUGUAAAUCUGUUGUGUUCCAUUAUGAAUUCUUUCACAAAUACUGUCAAAUGAACGUUUUGUGUAUCCAUGGUAAAAUGAACCAAACCGAUAGAACAGCAACCAUCAAUAUAUUCUAUGAAACAAAAAAUAUAGCUUUAUUCUGUACAGAUGUUGCGGCAAGAGGAUUGGAUAUACCGGCUGUAGAUUGGAUAGUCCAGUUCGAUCCACCUGGUGAUGCAAAUGAAUACAUUCACAGAGUGGGCAGAACGGCGAGAGGUUUAGGUGCUGAUGGUAAUGCAGUUUUACUUCUAAGACCUGAGGAAGUGGGUUUUGUGGAUUACCUGAAGGAAUCUAAAAUAUAUGUAGAUAAAUACGAAAGCUGGGAUUCUUAUUAUAAUUUACAAAAAAAGUUGGAUACGGCAAUGUCUGAUUCUAACUUCGUAAACGUAGCGAUUGAAGCAUUUGAGGGAUACGUUAGAGCGCUGGAAGUCAGAAAACUAAAACAGAUAUUUAAUUUGUUGACAAUGGAUCUAGACGUUUUAGCAAGAUCUUUUGGUUUAAAAGAAAAGCCUGAUGUUGAUAUACGCAUAGGGUUUAGUAAAAAACAUCGACCGAGGAAAAGAAUGGCAGCGAUUUUAGCUUCCCAAAGUGACACAAAGAAAGCUAAAUCAUGAUGGGAUGGCAUAAAAGCAAAUAAAACAAUUUUUCAA